AUGUAUGAUGUAUAUACGAUCCUCAUAGUUUUGUUAAUAAAUACAUUUACAUUAUCGCAAUUGAUGGAUUUAAUUCUGACUGUGGACAAUGCCGAUGAUUUCUCCGAGAAUUUCUAUGUGAUACUUGCUAUGUUCGUAUCAUGCUGUAAGAUGUUCAGUUUAUUGAGAAAUCGUAACAACAUUGCGAUGCUGAUUGAUAUUCUGAUGAAAAAACCAUGUAGGCCUACUGAACAUGAUGAAAUAGAAAUUCGACAGAAAUUUGACAAGAUUGUCCAAACAAACACGCUUUGCUACGCGACUUUAGUGGAACUAACAUGUGCGUUUGCAUUAGGAACAUCUGUGUUUAAAGACUACAGAAGACACAACCUAGCUUUUCGAGCAUGGUUACCAUUUAACUAUUCUUCGCCAAUGUUAUUUCGGAUCGCUUACUUUCAUCAAUCGAUAAGUUUGACCGCUGGAUCGAUGCUUCACCUCGCUUGCGACAGUCUAAUUUGCGGAUUAUUGAUGCACAUUUGCUCCCAGUUGGAAAUAUUGGAAUGUCGUUUGAAAAAAACUAUUAAUAAGCCACAUAUUUUUCGGGAAUGUGUCAUACAGCAUACAUGCAUUUUUGAAUUUGCAUUAAUAGCAAAUGAAAAAUUUAGAUUAACAAUCACCGUCCAAUUCUUAGUGAGUAUGUUAGUAGUAUGCUUCAAUCUGCAUCAAUUGACGCAGACGAGUAUGUUAAGUGCAAAAUAUGUUCAAAUAGUAUUAUAUAUGUUUUGCAUGCUGACACAAAUCUCUUUUUAUUGCUGGUAUGGAAACGAAAUUAAGUUGAAGAGUCGGCAACUGGUCAGCAACAUAUUCGAAAUGGAAUGGUUUGUGUUGGAUUAUCGUGUGCAAAAAGAUUUGUCAAUAAUUAUGAUGCGUAGUAUCGUACCUAUUGAAUUCACCAGUGCUUAUGUUAUCUCUAUGAAUCUUCAAUCAUUUGUUAGUUUGCUCAAGACGUCGUAUUCUGCUUUCAAUAUACUUCAACAAAUAAAGUAA